AUGGCAUUUUUGAGGUCAGUGGUGACGACAAAAACAGCAGCCAUUGCAGCACCCACAGUCGCGAUUCCGGCUGUCGUCUCUCUCUCCUUUCCUUCUCACUCUUCUGUGUCUUUCCCAAGCCUGCCCAGAAACUCUUCUUCUUCUUCAAAGUCUCUCGCUUUUUCCUCAAAUAAUUCUAUUAGAGGACUCGCAAAAUCGUGUCUUGUGAAGGGUUUUGAGAACCCAUCUUCUGCUGUUGUUGAAAUGGAUCCGAAAACAGCGGCGCAGGACGGUGUCGUUUUACCGGAGCUACUGACUGAGUUUAUGGUGGAUAUGUCAUGUGAGGGCUGCGUAAAUUCGGUCAAGACUAAGUUGCAGACUGUUGAAGGGGUUAAAAAUGUGGAUGUGGACUUGGCAAAUCAAGUUGUACGUGUUCUUGGGACCUCACCUGUGAAAAUCUUGACCGAAUCCUUGGAGCAGACAGGUCGAAAAGCCAGAUUAAUUGGGCAAGGAGUACCAGAAGAUUUUCUAGUUUCAGCUGCCGUUGCUGAAUUUAAAGGUCCAUCGGUAUUUGGAGUUGUUCGUUUAGCCCAAGUGAACAUGGAACUGGCUCGUAUAGAAGCCAACUUCAGUGGUUUGCCACCUGGAGAGCACGGCUGGUCCAUCAAUGAAUUUGGUGAUUUGACCGAAGGUGCCGCAAGCACAGGAAAAGUGUUCAAUCCAAAAAAAGAUGGAAAACAGCCCCUCGGUGACCUGGGAACAUUAUCCGCCAAUGAAAAUGGUGAGGCCUUCUUUUCUGGAGCGAAAGAAAAGCUGAGAGUUGCGGAUCUGAUUGGACGGUCCAUAGUGGUUUAUGGGAAUGAAGAUAAGUCGGAUGGAGGCAUUGCUGCUGCAGUUGUUGCGAGAAGUGCGGGAGUUGGUGAGAACUACAAAAAGCUUUGCACUUGUGAUGGCACCACUAUUUGGGAAGCAACCAAUGCAGAUUUUGUCAACAGCAAGGUUUGA